GCCACCCCCUCUAUCAACAUGCCGCUGCGCCGGAACUUCUUGAGGCAUGAUAUAUGAAGCCGUGAGGCCUGAAGCUUGAAGCUUGAAGGCCUGAAGCUUGAAUGUCUGUUGUGCUACUGCACGAAACGAGCACUCUGCUGUGCAAUAGACUUGCAAUGCAUGGCUCUUGCAUUCAAGUUCCCCCAACACGUUGAAAAGCUGCUGGAUAACGCACACCAAUAAUUACGGACGGGUACCGAGUGGAGCAAACCACUACAACAAUCAUACUCCCCCUCAUGCACCAUCUUCUACAGAGUGCCGGUGCCUGACAAAAGUCACCUGCCGCUGCAUAUCGUAUCCAGAAAUCGUGCAAAUGGAUCACUUUGCUCCUCACUCGUCAGCCGGCUUUGAAGGCUACUACUCCCGAACGCAGCUCGAGGACGGCAGCACCCUUGCCAUCAUCUUCUGCUGGGUCAAACACGCGAGGCUACGCGGCAAUCUUGUCUGCGUCUCCUAUAACCCUAUCGGUGACAGCGACGUCGGCUCAUUCCAUCAUGAAUUCUAUCCAGACGAUUUAGAUACUGCAGUGGAGCCUUAUGCUGGACAACUGCAGCCCUUCACGCUCAGUGCAUCUGGCAUUGGCUCUAUGAAGGUCGCCGUAACGGAGAUUCGGUACACUAUUUCCGUCCUAGAUCCCCCUCUCUCACUGACGCUCCACCUCACGAACCGCACCGCCUGGUCCGAGACGCAGCCUCUCGAAGGCCCGAUGGGGCCCAUCAUGCUCGUCUCCCGUCUCCUCCCUCUCAAUUGGCAUGUCUAUUCGACCACCAGCGACGCAGAGUAUGUCAUUACGCAUGACGGUAUAACGCGCGCAGGCAAAGGCAAGACGCACAUUGAGAAGAACUGGGGCAACUCGUUUCCCCCCGGCUGGAUCUGGGGCCAGGCAUUUGGCGAGGAUGGGCGAAGUCUUUCCCUUGCAGGCGGCGCCGCGCUCCCCGGAGUACAAGCGUACCUCAUCGGGUAUCGCAGCCCUAAAUACAAGUGGGACUUCAGGCCACCCGCGACUAUCUGCCUUGGACGCCUCUCUCCUUUCAUGAAUGUCAAGCAUGACAGCCGGUCAGGCACCUUUGAGCUAACUGUACAGACACUGCAUAAGAAGAUAUCUAUCACGAUGAAUGCGUUCACAGACACAUUCAUCCCGUUUCCUGCUCCUCUUCGCGGGGGCCACCAGCCAGGAUUCGCCUACGAAAGUUUCAAAGCGGCGGCGCAUGUCGAGCUCUUCAUGCGCCGCUGGCCAUGGCAAGAAUGGGCGAGCGUCGAGGCCGGUCCUGUUGGGGUCGCCCCAGAUGGCUCGUCGUGUGCUGCUCUAGAGUAUGGCGGCGCGUACUUCAGGAAGGCCGCGGAGAGGAUCGAAAGCUGAUCGUCACGACUGUUAUUGCGAGCAAUGCAUUCCUUCUGGUCGUUGAAGAGCUGUUGAAGCAUUGUCGCCCAGAUCCCAACGAUGGCGGUUUACGGCGGUUUACUAUGUGCUCGCAUGAGCGUUCCUAUCUUCUAAUCGCGACCCAGAUUGACUGUUACGGGCUUAUGCGCGAAACUGUUGACGAACCUGCGCUGAA